GGCAAAUCGCACUUGCUGAACAGAUAUGUUAAUGGCAAUUCUCAUGACACCGAAACUGCUCGCGAAGGUAAGAAAACGUUUAACAAUGAGCAUAAAAAUGAUCAAAUGAUUUUUUAUAAAGUUCAGCAAUCUAAGUCUUUAGCCAUGUUCAUUUGUCCUUUCAGAGAAAAUCCUUCUUAAAACCGUACGUCUGGAUCAUGGCAAUAUAGUAACACUUGUAAUGUGGGAUAUUUCUGAUUCGCGCUCGUUCUUCGCGAAAGGAAGCGCUCUUGUUGUGUAUGACAUAACACAGAGACGUUCAUUUGAGAAAGCAAAGGAGUUGGUUGAUGAGUUUGCUCAAUGGGCCGGGCCAGGUGCCUUUGUAGCUCUUGUGGGGAAUAAAGUGGAUCUUGAAAGUAGAAGGGAGGUAUCUUUUAAGGUAAGUAAUGUGGCCAUGUUUAUAUAAUGCUAGUGUGCUACAUGUGGUAAACAUGAAAUCACGUAGGUCAGAAGGUUUUUUUUAUGGUUUUUGUAGGGAAUGAUGCAAACCAUCUUUGAGAAAGAAUGGUAAAUUGAGGUGGUUUAUGAAAGCUCUUUGGAUGAUUUUUGUAUGAUUUCUUAUUAGGUCCUUGGUAUAAAAUCAUUUUUCAGGUUGUAUCUUAGGGAGAAGAAUGCAUUUCCAGUAUGUGCUUAUUUACACUGCGACUUUACAUGUAUCUUGCUGUAUUAAUGUCAAAACAUGGGAGCUUCCUACGGAUCUUUUAAAAUCUUAUUUGGUACGAAACCCGCGUUGAGCAACUAUAUGAGGCAUUUGACAUCCAGUUCACUAAAAGGUAGACUUCCCAGUCAACAAAACCAUACUCACCAGGCAUAUGUCAACAAUCUGACGUUGGCACCUCGCAAGUAACCUUUCACAACAUUGACGUAAGAAAUCGACCUAUUAAAAUGAACUAUUCUUGUUUACCUUUUUUCGUUUUUAAGACAGAAAACAAUGAGUUAAUUCCCAUACGGUUAAAUGACGAGGGAAUCAUGUUACCCGAUCGUCACAGUCAGUGAUAUCACAGCAAAAGUAACGAAUUAGUUUUCAGGAGGCAGAAUUACAUCAUUUUACCAAUACUCCUCCUUGGACUCUGAUGAUGACUGACGCUCAGGUUAUCAAAAGAACAAUCACUACUAAUGACAACAGUGCUUCUCAAGACUUCUCUUACCAGGCUUUAUUGCAAAAAUUUAAAUUUUCAACAAAAAUUGAUUAGACCCAUUUUUUCGGUAAUAAUGGUGUACUAUAUUUCCUUUCCUUAUAUUUUACAAAUUAACUCAGAGUUAUUUCGGACAUACAGCUCACACACACUGUUAAUUAGUGGUGGGAGAUUUCCCUUUUUAUAUGUUGUUCUUUUAGGAAGCUCAGGAUUAUGCAGAUGGAAACAAUAUAGUUGAGAUUUUUAUGGAAGUGUCAGCACUUACAGGCGAAAAUGUGGAAGACCUUUUCUCCAAAGUAGGUAGGUAGAAUUGACUAUUUAUUGGUCUUAAGGGGUAAGUUUCAAAAGAAACUGUGGUGCUGUGUCGGUGGAAUAGUAUAACAGGAUAAUUAAGUAUUAUCAACUGAGUUGAUAACGUAAAUUGGCCAACGUAAAGAGUUUCAAAGCAGACGUUUUGAGCGUUAGCCCUUCGUGAGAGCGAUUGUAGGAGUUGUGGGUUGUGUGUGUGUUUAUACGCAACAAAUGAUAAAGAGUGCUGAUUUGAAAGAUAAAUUUUUGUUCUAAAGUCUUGCAGCUUUUCGAACUGCCAAGAUGUAGGGAAAGGCCGCAAACUCCUAAUCCUCACGGUAUCAACGAGCGCCUAUCAUUUAACUGACCCUGGGGAUUAAGAGUGCCGAUGUUAAAGAUGUUUCACCGAUUACAGCAACUUUUUGCAAAAGGUUAUAUAUUGGUGAAACAUUGGAAGACGACUAGGUGACCGAUUCCGAGAACACCAUCGCGACGUAGAAAGAAGUGACAAGGACGCAUCCAAACCAGUCGUCAGAGACUUUAAUCUCCCUAACCAUUCUGAGCAGCAUAUGGAAGUUUGCGGCCUUUCCUUACAUGUAGGCAGUUCGGAAAACCACCAAAUUCUAGUAUAAAAAUUUUCUUUCAAAUCGGCACUCUUAAUCCCCACGGUAUCAACGGGUGCUUUUCAUUCAACUAAUUUACUCUUGUUUUACCAAUAGCGUAGCUCCAUUUUCUGCAGAUAAACACACACACAACCCACAAUGCCUCCAAUCGCUCUGACGAAGGGCUAACACUCGAAACGUCAGUUUUAAAAUUCUUCGCGAUGGCUAAUUUACGUUAUCAACUUAGUUAAUAGUGCUAAAUCACACUAUUCAUUGAUCUGUCUUACAAAUUGAAGGUGAAGUCUGCACUUGAACCCAUUGGCGUGUGAGGUACCAGAGCAGCUUGGGUCAAGGGCUCUAAUCAUUUCACCGCACCAUCUUCCAACAAACUGCCUUAUCAAUUACACUGCUUUUUUAAGUAGAUAUGUUUUCUCUUAAUGUGUCUUUGGCAAAUGUUAUGCUUUGCACGCAUUGCAACACUCUCCUUCUGGUUCUGUAUAAAACCUACGUUGAGAGAGAAUUCCCUAGUAUGCGUCGGCCAAAGGCGACUCAGGCGGAAGAAAAUAUGGAACGACUUAUCAGAACAUAAUUUAAAAGAGAAUGCUUUGUAAAUUAUCACAUACUCCACUCUUGUAUGAAGCCAGACUUGCUGAUAGCAUGGAGCUCGGCCAUGACAUUGAAUGAGAAGCAUUGCCGAAAGCUUCAGAAAUUUUACUAACGCCGUUCCUGCCGAGUGACCAUUGUGGAACACUUUCCAGCACUCAUUAAUGGAAAUGAAAACACUUUCAGUGGAUAAGCCUUGACAGAAAUCUCAUUGUUUUUGCAUUCAAGUGUUUGUCAAUAAUUUGGUAGACCUGUUGUUGCUUUAAAUACUCUUAUGAUCAAAAAAAUAGUUGAGUAUGGGUUUCUGACUAAAGAGGAAUCGAAGGGGUGACUGUGGGGACAUAUUUGUUACAACUGUAUGUCUGUUGUGGCAGCGGUUGCCUUUAUCAAACAUGUGCUUGGAUGGCUAGCGGUCAUUUCCCCCCUCUUCUCCCCCCUCUUCCCCCCCCCCCCAUUCCUGGAAAAAAAGACAAAAAAAAAAAUUGGGAAUAGCAGAAAUUUUUUUUUAUGUUUCCGAGAAGAAAAAGGGAGUGUAGUGUUUAGUUCAUGGUGUUAUAACUAGGUUGCUCCUGUUAUCUAAACCAGUUAUAUCAAUUUGUCUAAGCUAUGUUUAGUUGUCUUAAUGUGAAACUCCAGCACUUCUUUCCCAUUAAUAAAGGUUUUCAGGUAUAGUUCGUCAGAAAAGCCUUUUUGUCUAAUAGGUGUAGGCAUUAUUUAGGAUAUGGAGGGACAAAGCUGACAGAGAAUUGUCAUGUGGUGCUUAGUCUUUUUUUUCGAAUCAUUCGAUUUUGUAGUGAAACGUUUAACUGAAGCCGUACCCGGUGUCGAACAAAAGUUGGCUUUGAGAGGGAAAACUUUGAAUCUGAGUAAGAGGAAUUUGAACAGCGAUGAGUUGGAGUUUCUCAUAAGCAUUUUUAUGUCUAAGACUUUGUCACCUGCUUAUAUCCAAUCGCUGAAUUUGAGCUACAACAAUUUGGGAAAGCUACUUUGUUUUUUUUGGUUCCCAUUGGAGACCUUGACGUGCUUAGAAGUGAAUGACAACAGAUUGUCCUUUCUGCCUACAAGUAUGAGAUGCUUGAAAGGACUUCAAGAGUUGGACUUGAGAAAUAACCAACUGAAGAAACUUGAUGUGGUUAGAGAACUGCCUAACCUUAAAAAAACUAUCCGUUGA